ACGAGUUUUUUUCAUUCUUCUCCUCCUCUUAUUUUUUCCUUCCUUCCUUCCUUCUUCGUUCUGUGUUGUUGUUUUUGCUGCUGCCGCUGUUGCCAUUGCUAUUAACUAUUCAUUCUGUGACCCUCUGAAUCAGAAAGCCCCCCCAACUCUUCACCAAUCUCCAUGCUACUUUCCUACUUUCCUCCAUUUCUUUAUCAUCAUUAUUAAUUAUUCACACACUAUAAUAAUAACAACAUAACAUCCCUCCUUCCCUCUUCAAUUUUUGACUAAUUUAAUAAUAUUUCCGCUUAAAUUAAAUUUAAAAAUUAAUAUCUGAGGGGUGAUUGGAAAUGAUUCUGCUGGUUCCCUGAACCCUGAUGAAUCCAUACAUCUCUCUUUGCAUUUUAACGGCUUGAUCUCUCCCUCGUUUUCCACCCCAAACACACACGCAUUUUCAUGCUCUCUCUCUCUCUCUCUAAAAGAAUGCAGAGCUGACUGAAACACUGAACAGUACGAAACUCAUCAACACAAACAAACACCACUCCUUCUUCUUUCUUUGUCUCAAUGGUGGAAUGACCAUCAUGACCCUGCUUCUGCCGUGACGAACAUGGGAUGCGGAGGCUCCAAGGUGGACCACCUCCCACUCGUCACUCUCUGCAGAGAACGACGGGACUUCCUCAGAGCCGCUUCCGACCACCGCUACGCCCUCGCCGCUGCUCACGUCGCCUAUUUCCACUCCCUCAGAGACAUCGGCGAAGCGCUACGUAAAUUCGCCGACCACGACCUCGUCUUCGCCACCGCCUCCGCCUCCGUCACCGGCUCCUCCCCCUCCCCUCUCAGCUCCCCCGUCCUCACAUUGCCCUCCGACCAAGGAAAACCCUCUAAAAACACAAAAACCAAAACCAAAAACAAAAUCAGGGCCUCAACUUCUUCAACUUCCAUUUCGCAUGGCGGCGAUGCUUCCGGGAGCGACGAGAUCGACGGUGGGUCACACAUACACCUGUCCGAUUCAGAUUCCGAAUUGCGCUCUUCUUCUUCGGGCCACAUCCACAUCGAAGAGGAAGAGCACGAUAUUGAAGAAGAUGACGAAGAAGCAUCACCACCUUACGGGUACGGAUAUUACCAUGAUCAUGAACCACAAGAUUGGGGGCACAAUCCACAAGGGGAAGGGUAUAAUAGUAAUCAUACAUAUGCUUUCUACAUGAAGAGAACCGCGCCUCCUGGAAGAUCCAUGAUCUACGAAGAGCCACAGACCCGUGUUGCAGAGUCGGGUCAAUGGCCCGACCCGCAAAAUAGUUAUGGUGGAUACGGGUUUGGUUACAAUGGUGGUGCUGGUGGUUAUUUUGGGUUUCCGAGCGGUUCUUCUCCGCCGCCUCCGGGGGCGGAGUAUUCUUACUACGGUCAACAGAGGACAGCUUCGCCGGCGGCGCCUCCGCCGCCUCCGGCACCCCCAUCUCCGCCGAGGGUUUCAGCAUGGGAUUUUUUGAAUGUGUUUGAUAGUUAUGACAAUGGUUACUCGGGUUAUCUAUCUUCUCAGGGGAGGUAUGGGUUUGGUUCGAUUUCUAGUAGCCCGGAUUCGAAAGUGCUGAAGGAGGUUCUCCAUAACCACAGGGAGAAGGAGAAGAAGAAGAUAUUGAAUGAGGAAAAAGCACCACCAAUGCAAAACCACCAACAACAAAAACAACAUUUUAGGGAGAGGGAUUUUGGAGAAGGUACCUCAAAUUCAAAGGCAGUGCCAGUAUCAAUGCCCCAACAACGAAAACAACGAAGGAAAAAUGGUGAGGGAAGUUCCAAUAAGACCGUGAGGUUCCAUGGAAGCAGUGAUGAUAGUGGUGGUGGUUCUGGUUCCCUUCAUGAGAAGGAGAUUAAGACUAGCAGCAGCCCUGACACCAUUGUUUCUAGGAGCUCCCCUGAGGAGGAGGAGGAGGAUGGGGAGCGGUUAGGAAGGAAGAAAGGGGUGACUUUUGAGGUAGAAGCAACCGUCUCGGCAGUUGAUGGGGGUGAUUCUUCUUCAAAAAUGAGUAGCUUGACCACUUUGUCUCCUCAUGGAACCAGGGAUUUAAAAGAGGUUGUUCAGGAAAUCAGGGAUGAGUUUGAGACUGCCUCUAAUGUUGGGAAGGAGGUUGCACUUCUUCUUGAGGCUUGCAAGCCACCUUAUCGGUCCAGGGUUGCUCCAUUCAAAGUUAUGUUUUCCAGAAUCGUACAUUCAUUGGCACCUUCUAGGUUACCGUCACAUCCUCCAUCUAGGCCUCCAGUGCAGUUAUCUUCUAGGGCAAUGAAAAUGGCAAAAGCAUAUUGUGGUGAACCUGGGAGAGAGUUCAAUACAAAUCCUUUAAACCUUUCAUCUACUUUGGAGAAACUUUAUGCAUGGGAGAAGAAACUGUAUAAGGAAGUUAAGGAUGAAGAGAGGUUACGAUCUAUUUAUGAGAAACAAUGCAAGAGGCUGAAAACAUUGGAUAAUCGAGGAGCUGAAUCUACUAAAAUUGAUGCUACUGAGGCAUCAAUAAAAAAGUUGCUGACAAAAAUAAAUAUUUCCAUCAGAACUGUGGAAGCCAUAUCAUUGCGGAUACACAAAUUGAGGGAUGAUGAAUUGCAGCCUCAACUUGCAGCUUUGAUUACUGGAUUGACAAGAAUGUGGAAAUUCAUGCUCAAAUGCCAUGAGAAACAGUUCCAAGCUAUCAUGGAGAGUAAAACUCACUCUCUUAAAAUUAACACUGGUUUACAAAGAGACGAAAGUUUGAAGGCCAUCCUAGAACUUGAAAAGGAGCUUCUAAAUUGGUGCAGUCAGUUCAACAAUUGGGUCAGGAUGCAAAAAUCAUAUGUUGAAAAUCUGAACGAGUGGCUCAGAAGGUGCCUUCUCGAUGAACCUGAAGAAACCGCUGAUGGUGUUGUCCCCUUCUCUCCUAGUCGAAUUGGAGCUCCGCCAGUUUUUGUGAUCUGCAAUGAUUGGCAUCAAGCAAUGAGUAGAAUAUCAGAAAGGGGGGUGGCAGAUGCCAUGCAUGAAUUUGCCCAAAGACUACAUGAGCUAUGGGAGAAGCAAGACGAGGCGCAACGUCAGAGAAUCAAAGCAGAGUAUCUGAAGAAAGACUUUGAGAUGCAGCUUCGAACCUUGCGCAGGGAAAUGGGAGAUGCAGAACAUGUGCAUGAUAAAGUUUCGCAGAAGACAGCACUGUCAAAGGGUCAUUCUGAAAGUGGUGUUUCACCACUAGAUGAUCUAAAAGUGGAUCUAGAUUCUAUGAAGAAGAGAUUGCAUGAAGAGAGAGCAAGGCAUAAAGAAGCCAUCAAGCAGGCCCGCGAUGCAGCUUCUAAUAGUUUACAAGCAGGUUUAAUUCCCAUAUUUAAGACAUUAGAAAGUUUCACUUCAGAGGUGGUGAAGGCUCAUGAGCAAGUCAGGCUUCAAAACACUAAAGCCUCGUAAUAGAGAUGCUAGCUGUCUUGUUUCGAUUUUAUGGCUUGAGAUUGCAUUUACCCAAGUGUGGAUCGAAUGAGGGAGUUUAGAGAGCAUGGGAUCUAUUAUGCAUCGGAGAUUUAGCACUAACCACCAUUUUUGCAGCUAGAAUUAAUGUUGUACCGUAGGGAAGUGCCUCUUGAAAUAUACCAUACAAGAGGUUCUAUCUUAGAAUAACUUUCAGCAACAAAGGUUUGGGGUGCUCAAUGUUCAGGAAGUAGUUAUCUUAAAUCAUGUCCUGUAACACACUUCAUCCUACAGUUAGGUAAAAUUUUGUACAGAAAAAUUCAUUUAUUGGUUAAUUGGUUGUAGGUGGUUGUAUAUUUUAUUCCAUAUGCCUAGGACUCUAGGAGUAGGAGGAGACAGGAUGUUAGCAAGAGUUUCAAGAAUGAUCAAGUGAAGCAAAAUGUGCUUUAAUUUGUUGUAUUAUCCUUUCUUUCUAGUUAGUGUUACUAGUGUUACCCAAGUUGUUAUAUGCAAUUGCUAGGCCAAAUUUUGAAUUGUGAAUCUGAAGUGCAUAUACAUGAAGGACUACCAGGUCUAGAGAAAGUGAAGGAAGAAUGGAGAGUUUGAAGAUGAAUGGGAGUGUGUGAAGAGAGGUUGAACUCUGCUUGGAAAGCAAGAGUCGUAGCAUUGUUGGUGGGUUUUUAAUUAGCAAAAAUGCUAUUCAUACACCAAAAUCAGUCACUAAAAUUAGCCAUCAAUAUAUUUGUGUAGAAAUAUAUGUGGUUUAAUUUAUUUUCAAUGUGUGUCUGUAAUUUGUAUUUCGACAUAUAUUUUAUAUUGGUGACUA